CUGGUGUGUGGGUUGCUUAUGUCGCUGUGGAGUGCAGAGUGGGGGAGUGACAGAAACGAAAGGAGACUGUGCAAAACAGCCCCCCUCCCCAUCCCUCCUCUACGGGAAAUGGGUCUGAGGCUGAUGGGUAAGACAAGAAGCUGCUGUAACGCUGGUUUAUCUGAAGCUACGCAGCUAUGGAGGAAAGGGCUCAGUGUCAAAUGAGGGGAAACUGUAACUGGCCCCUGCAACCUGUGGUCUGUUUGAGUCUCCAGUGGAUCAAAUACACAUUCUUCCCUUAAUAUCACUGCGUUAUUUACAAGAGUACACACGUUUACAUGCACAACGACUGAGCCUCAUCUCUCUGAGGUGUGUGCUUUCUGCAUCCUUGUAUUGUGGGUGCAGUUACAUCUUCCAACCGCAUGGAGGCGCAGCAAGCUUCUCCUGAAAGCAGCAGUGAGGAAUGUACUGUACUAGAGGCUCUGCCUGGCAAGGGAACAGCGCUAAUUUGCACUCAACACAAAGGAAAAGUGUCUGCGUUGUACUGUUUGGCUUGUGAGAAUCCAGUAUGCGUGGACUGUAUAAAUGGAGAACAUGCUGAACACCCCACUGAUUCACUGGAGAAUAUUGUGGACCAACAUUUAGCGGCACUGCAGGACAAAGUGGAUUCAGCUAAGAACAGGCUUCCUCAGAUAAGAGAAGCAGUUCAGUGUUUGAGAGACAUUCUGCAGCAGUUGAACUCUCAGCGCAGCUCCAUAGAGGAAGACAUCCACUCCUCUUUCAGCGAGCUCCACAAAACUCUCGAUACACGCAAGAGCGUCCUGCUCAUGGAGCUGGAAGUCACUUAUGGACUGAAGCAGAAGGUUUUGCAGGCUCAGUUGGACACUCUUCUGCAGGAGGAAGCUGCCAUCAACUAUAACUGCGGUCUGACCGGCCAAGCCCUGGACGGGGGUAACAAGGCUGUCAUUCUGCAGACCCAUAAAGACGUGGGCGAGAGACUCAGUGACCUGGCCAGCCAGGGCCUUCCUCUUCAGCCUGAGGAGAACGACCAGCUGGAUCUCAUGAUGGAGAUCGAAGGACUUCGCAAGUCCAUUCACAACCUGGGGACUAUCGUCACCACCAAUGCCGUGGCCAGUCAGUCCGAGGCAUCAGGUGAUGGUCUGGAACAGUGUGUCGUGGGCCAGCCAGCAUCUGUCGUCAUUACCACAAGAGACAAGUCUGGAGGACUGUGUAAGACGGGUAACGCCAUCAUCUCAGCUGAAGUCUGCACGCCGGAUGGCAGCGUUGCAGACGGCGAAAUUGUGGACCUUAAAAAUGGAACGUAUGAAUUCCAAUACACGGUGAAGAAAGAGGGAAAUUUUAGUCUAGCACUUAGACUUUAUGAUCAGCAUAUUAAAGGAAGCCCCUUCCAGUUAAAGGUCACCAGCUCUCCAGAUGAUUCUUCACCCACCACCACCGCAGCCAAUGCUGCAUCCACGGGAUCCAGUGAUGGUGGGGCACGGAAACGGAGCGCCAAGUCCCCGGGGAGCAGAAGCCGGCAGAAGGGUGUCAGACGGGGCGGAAGCUUGUUCAGCACCCCAAAAAAGAAAGUGAACCCGAUCGAGGAUGACCUCAUUUUUAGAAUAGGAACAAAAGGGAGGAAUAAAGGAGAGUUCACUAACCUCCAGGGAGUAGCAGCUUGUUCAGAAGGAAAGAUCUUAAUUGCAGACAGCAACAAUCAGUGCGUGCAGAUAUUUUCAAAUACGGGGGAGUUUCAGAGCCGGUUCGGGGUACGUGGCCGUUCACCGGGGCAACUUCAGCGGCCCACUGGAGUAGCUGUGCAUCCAAAUGGAGACAUCAUCAUUGCUGACUAUGACAAUAAGUGGGUUAGCAUCUUCUCCAGCGAGGGCAAAUACAAGGCUAAGCUGGGCUCAGGAAGGCUGUUGGGGCCAAAGGGUGUAUCAGUGGAUCAGAAUGGUCAUGUUAUCGUCGUGGACAACAAGGCUUGUACUGUUUUCAUCUUCCAGCCCAGUGGGAAACUCGUCACUAAGUUUGGCAGCAGGGGAAAUGGCGACAGACAGUUUGCAGGCCCACACUUUGCAGCAGUCAACAACAACAAUGAAAUAAUCAUCACAGACUUCCAUAACCACUCUGUUAAGGUAUUUAACGCAGAUGGAGAAUUCUUGCUGAAAUUUGGCUCAAAUGGUGAAGGGAACGGUCAGUUCAAUGCUCCCACAGGGGUUGCUGUGGAUGUCAAUGGGAACAUUAUCGUGGCAGACUGGGGAAACAGUCGGAUUCAGGUGUUUGAUGGGAGUGGAUCGUUUCUGUCCUACAUUAAUACAGCGGCAGACCCUCUCUAUGGGCCGCAGGGUCUCGCUCUGACCUCGGAUGGCCAUGUUGUGGUGGCUGAUUCUGGGAACCACUGCUUUAAAGUGUACCGCUACCUGCAAUGACUUCAGAGAGACUCUGAUCUAAGACGGAAAGAGAAUCCAAGUCAUACUGUAGAUGUCCAAAUCUUGCACUUAAUGUAAUGUAAUGGUAUUCUAUCUCCUUGGUUUUCUCCAUGUCAUCUUUUUGAAUUUCGAACUACUGUGGGAAAACUCUCCUAAGAAGACUAAAGCUUGUUAACACUGUUUAUGGGAUGCCUUGGAAUGCCUUUGCCAAACCUCCACACUCCACACUGUGGAAAAACUGAGACAUCAGAAUGCAUUGGUGAGUGAACGACCACCCAAGCUGAAACUUAUGUGCUGCAUGUGUGGACCGUGCAUGCGCCGCCAGCUUUUGGACACGUCCAAACCCCAUCUGACUUCUAGGAUGCUAUUAGAACACUAUCUCAAACCUUUAAUGAACUUUUUGAUGAGUUAUUGAGCUGCUCAUAACUUAUGCACCCAAGAGAGAAGAAAGAGAAGCUUUAGCAUUCCUUCUUUGAUGUGUUGGCUCCAUUCUUCAUGCAUCUUACUGUUAAAUUAUUGGUUAAAAGUUUGGAAUAAUUAAAACAUUUUAAUCUAAAGAAGUCUCUAUGUUCAUCAAGAUUGCAUUUAUUUGAUCAGAAAAACUGUAAAAAACAGUACUAUUGUGAAAUAUUAUUACAAUUUAAAAUAACUUUUCUGUUUGCAUAUAUUUUAAUGUUAUUUAUUCUUUUUAAAGCAAAGCUGAGUCUUCAGCAUCACACAGUCCUUUACAAAUCAUUCUAAUGUGCUGAAAAAUUUCUUAUUAUCAUCAAUGCUAAAAACAGUUUUUGUUGUUUAAUAUUUUUGUGGAAACCGUUAUACACUACCAUUCAAACGUUUGGUAUAAGUGAGGUUAAAAAUGCAUUAAAUUAAUCAGAAAUUACAGUAGACAUUUAAAAUGUUCUAAAAGAUUUAUAUUUCAAAUAAAUGCUUUUAAAGUUAAAUUAAGGAAUCCUGGUGAAAAAAAAUAAAAAUAUGAAAAUGGUUUUCAAAAUUGAUAAGAAGAACCAUUAAUAAUUUAACACUAAUAAUAACUGAGCAGCAAAGCAGCUUAUUAGAAUGAUUUCUGAAGGAUCAUGUGAUCAUGAAAACUGGAGUAAUGAUGCUGAAAAUCCAGCUUUGCAUCAAAUAAUUACAUUUUAAAAUAUAUUCAAAAAGAAAACGGUUCCUUUAAAUUGUAAUAAUGUUUUACAAUAAUAUGUUUUCACUGUUUUUACUAAUCAAAUAUAUGCAGCCUUUGUCAGCAUAAAAGUCUUAUCAAUAACAUAAAAAAAUCUGAAUUAUUUCAAACCUUUGACCAGUAGGCCUGAUCAUAGUGUCACAAACGCUGAUCAUAUUCCACCCAUUCCAGUUUAAUUCAUAAUUUUCAGUCCAAUCAGUGCAAAUGCAUUAAGCAAAAUUACAGUGUGGUAUUGAAACAUGACCAAUAGCAUUUGAAUCAUUGUCGUGUGUAAUGACAUACUGUGUAUAUGUGUGUAAGAGACUAACAGUAGAUUACGCGACACACUGUUACCUUGCAUACUUAUCGACUAAAACUAGCAGCAUAUGGGCUCUUUAUUUAGAAAAUAUUAGGACUCUCUAUUUUCCUUACAAAUACUAUUAAAAACUGGAAAUAUCUAUAUUUGUGUAUUUAUCGUAAAUAAUGUUUCAAAGAAAGUAUGUUUGGGUUUCAAAUACAAAUGUAGUUAAAACCCAAACAUUUUCAAGGAAUUGAUUUUGAUUUGUCGAUCAUGCAUCGCAGGAUUCUUAGAGGCAUGAUUCACAUAGUGUUGGAGUAAAGAUUUCAUACAAAUUUCUUCAUAACUGAAUGGCACGUGUAUUUGAUCAUCACAACAUAAAGGUCUUUUUUUCUCUUGGUACAGUGAGUCGGUACUGAAAAUGGUUUUGCAUAUGCAUAAUGUGCUGAUUUGCUUUAUUGCUGAUUGUAUGUAAAGAAUGUUUUGUAUGUUCCAUCAAAAAAAAAGAAAAGAAUUUGACUUGAAUGUUAUUGUUUUAUGUCCAUACAAAAAAACAAAAACAAAAAACAAACGCCUUAACAUGUACAUCUUGAAACAUUUAGAAUUGUUUUCACUUGAUUGAUGAAAAUGUUUUCGGUUGCACUUUAUUUUACAGUACGUGCACUAACAUGUCCUUACAGUGUAUUUAUCUAAGAAAGUUCUGGUAAUACAAGGUAACUACAUGGAGUAGGGUUAGGUUUAGGGGUAGGUUCAGGGUUAUUACCUAGUUAUUACAUAGUUAUUGUAAUUACUAUAAUAAGUACAUAGUAUGUUCAUGAGGAACAGGACUGUAAAAUAAAGUGCUACCAUGUUUUCAGUUGAAUAUUUGAUUUCAUUUUGUUUAUCUAGUUGAUGUGUGCCUGUUUACGAUUCAGAACAAUAAUCCUGCUUGAACUGUGUUGAGUUUUCUAAUAUUGCAACCGCUUCAUAUUAUCAUGCUUAUCAUGAGUAAGUGUACAGUGCAUUAAAAAGUGACUUUGGAAAAGCUUCUUGUCCUAUUUUGGAUAGGAUUAUCAUUAAAAAAUCAUGACAAAUAAAAUUUUAUUCAUAAAUUA